UUCGCAUUUGUCAGUAAAACUGCAGCUUUCGAGGGUCGUUUGGAAAAGCUCACGUGGUGGUGAAGUUGGGGCGAAUGCUGCAUACCCCCCUUGAAGCUGUGAGCACAACUGGGCAGCCUCUGGGGAGUCAUUCACUGUUAAAACCUCCAUCACCUUCCAGAAAAGGCCUUGGAGGGUGAAGAACGUCCCAGCCAGAGACUUAGCGGCAGGCAGCCGAGCCUCCAGCUUCCUCUAGGGGGCAGCGGCAGCAAAGCGAACUCCGGGGAUACUCAGAGGUGGCUUUGGACGAUCACAUGAGAGGGAGUGGCACACAAGAGGAUCGUACGAUCAGGUCAUAACACAGAGAGGCCCCAGCAGGAAUCAACUGGUCUGGAUCAGCACAAAAAUGGACAAGGAGAGAGGAAAUAGAGGAGCUGCUUCUGAAAUGCGCCCCCCUGUGGGAUGUAAGAGAAAGAGCCCUGAUAGUGUCCUGAUGAAGAGAGCAGACUCCCCUGUACCCAGCUGUGUUUCCCUGAAGAGUGACGCGUCAAUGGAUGAACCAAUCAAAUUCAGAGAGGGACCUUUUCCUACAGAUCAGAGUGUCCCGAUGGAGAGAGCAGACUCCCCUGUACCCAGCUGUGUUUCCAUGAAGAGUGACGCAUCAAUGGAUGAACCAAUCAAAUUCAGAGAGGGACCUUGUCCUACAGAUCAAAGAGACCAAAUGGAAGAAUGCAGUUCAGAUCUACAUGAUAAAUCUGGUUUAUCAUCCAUAUUGAAGUCACUAGAGGAAAAAGUCAUGAAGUGUCUAAAGGAUGAGCUGAAGACGUUUGUGAGGCACCUAGAUCAGAAUUACCCAGAAUGCUCUGAGCCUCAGCUGGAGGAGGACAAUGACCUGGACUGUGAUGGUCAGAUGCAGAAGACCAGUGUUAGAGAGGUAGCUCUGAAGAUCACACUGUACAUCCUGAGGACCAUGAAGCAGAAUGAUCUUGCUGACAUGCUGGAGAAGAGACAGCUCAUGCUGCAAAAUCAGCAGGAAAUGAAAUGUAAACUUAAGAAGCAAUUUCAGUGUGUAUUUGAAGGGAAAGCUAAGGAAGGACAGCCAAUACUUCUCAGUGAGAUUUACACAGAACUCUACAUAACUGAAGGUGGGACUGGAGCAGUCAAUAAUGAACAUGAAGUGAGACAGAUUGAAACAGCAUCCAAGAAAAGGCGAACAGAAGAUACUACAGUCAAGUGCAAUGAUAUAUUUAAACCCUUAUGUGGGUGUAAGACACCUAUCAGAACUGUACUCACUAAAGGGGUGGCAGGUAUCGGGAAAACAGUCUCUGUGCAGAAAUUCAUUCUCGACUGGGCAAUAGGAAAAGCAAACCAGGAUGUUCACUUCAUAUUUGCUCUUCCUUUCCGGGACCUGAAUUUGAUUAAGGGUGAAUACAGUCUGAUUGAACUGCUUCACCACUUUGCCCCAGAACUGAAAUCAUUUGAAUCCACGGAGCUGUUUAGCUACAAAGUCUUGUUCAUCUUUGAUGGCCUGGAUGAGUGUCGCCUUCCUCUGGAUUUUCAGAACAAUGAGAGCUGGUUUGAUGUAACAAAGAAAACAUCACUGGAUGGACUGUUGACUAACCUCAUUAAGGGGAAUCUGCUCCCAUCCGCUCUCCUCUGGAUAACCUCCCGGCCAGCAGCAGCCAAUCAGAUACCUGCUAAGUGUGUCCAGCAGGUGACAGAGAUACGAGGGUUCAGUGAUGCCCAGAAGGAGGAGUAUUUCAGGAGGAGAUUUAAUGAUCAGAGCUUGGCCAGCAGGAUUAUCACACAUGUGAAAUCAUCAAGGAGCCUCUUCAUCAUGUGCCACAUACCUGUGUUCUGCUGGAUUUCAGCCACUGUGUUUGAGAGGUUUUUUAGUGAGACUGACAGGGCAGAAAUUCCAAGGACUCUGACUGAAAUGUACACACACUUCCUGAUCUUUCAGACAAGUUUAAAAAAUGAGAAGUAUAUGAAAAACCAUGAAACUAAGCUUAAGGAAUACAGCAAGGAAUUCCUUUUAAAACUUGGCAAACUGGCUUUUGACAACCUUAAGAAAGGCAAUCUCCUAUUUUAUGAGCAAGAUCUGAGAGAGAAUGGCAUCGAUGUCACUGAAACUUCAGUUUACUCUGGAGUGUGCACAGAAGUCUUUAAAGAGGAGUAUGGGUUGUACCAGGAGAAGGUGUACUGCUUUGUGCAUCUGAGCAUCCAGGAGUAUCUCGCUGCUUUAUACAUGUUUCUGUCAAACUCAUCAGCUGAUCUGCUGAAAACUGCAGUGGAUCAGGCAUUAAAGAGCAAGAAUGGACACUUGGACCUCUACCUCCGCUUCCUCCUGGGCCUCUCAACAGACUCCAGUAUGACUCUGUUACAAAGGCUACUGGGACAGACAAGAACCAGCUCACAUAACAUUAGGAUUACAGUGAAAUACAUCAGGGAGAAAAUACAGGAGAAUUUAUCUCCAGAAAGGACCAUCAACCUGUUCCACUGUCUGACUGAACUGGGUGACAAUUCUCUAGUAGAGGAAGUACAAAGAUACAUGAAUUCAGGAAACAUUUCAGCAGAUGACCUCUCACCUGCACAGUACUCAGCUCUGGCCUUUGUGAUGCUGAUGUCAGAUGAGGAGCUGGAUGUGUUUGACCUGAAGAAAUUCAUCAGACGAGAUAAAGAGCACUGCAGGCUGCUGCCUGUGGUCAAGAACUCCAGGACGGCACUGCUGAACAACUGUGAUCUAAUAGAUAAACAGUGUGAAGUGCUGUCUUCAGCUCUAAGAUCAAACUCUUCCACCCUGAGAGAGCUGGACCUGAGUGACAAUAACCUGAAGGAUUCAGGAGUGAAGCUGCUCUCUGCUGCACUGGGGGAUUUACACUGUAAACUGGAGAUACUGAGGUCAGUAUUACUGGGUAUUCUACACUGUAAACUGGAGAUAUUGAGGUCAGUAUUACUGGGUAUUCCACACUGUAAACUAGAGAUACUGAGGUCAGUAUUACUGGGUAUUCCACACUGUAAACUGGAGAUACUGAGGCCAGUAUUACUGGGUAUUCCACACUGUACGCUGGAGAUACUGAGGUCAGUAUUACUGGGUAUUUCACACUGUAAACUGGGGAUACUGAGGCUGUCAGGCUGUAGAGUCACAGAAGAAGGCUGUUCUUCCCUGGCUUCAGCUCUGAGGUUAAACCCCUCACACCUGAGAGAGCUGGAUCUGAGCUGCAAUCACCCAGGAGACUCAAAAGUGAAGCUGCUCUCUGCUGUACUGGAGGAUCCCAGCUGUAAACUGGAGAAGCUGCAGGUGAACCUGUGUGAACUCACAGAGAAAUGCUGUGAGGCACUGGCUUCAGCUCUCAGAUCAAACUCCUCACCCCUGAGAGAGCUGGACUUGAGUGACAAUGACCUGCAGGACUCAGGAGUGAAGCUGCUCUCUGCUGGACUGGGGGAUUUACACUGCAAACUGGAGAUACUGAGGCUGUCAGGAUGUAGAGUCACAGAAGAAGGCUGUUCUUCCCUGGCUUCAGCUCUGAGGUCAAACCCCUCACACCUGAGAGAGCUGGACCUGAGCUACAAUCACCCAGGAGACUCAGGAGUGAAGCUGCUCUCUGCUGUACUGGAGGAUCCCAGCUGUAAACUGGAGAAGCUGAAUGUGGAUCACAGUGGAGACUGCAGGACCAGACCAGGCUUACAGAAAUACUCCUGCCGGCUGAUGCUGGACCCCAACACAGCACACAGAAGCCUGUCUCUGUCAGGGGGGAACAGGAAGGUGACAUGGGGGGCAGAGCGGCAGCCAUAUCCUGAUCAUCCAGAGAGAUUUGACAGCUGGAACCAAGUUCUGUGCAGAGAGAGUCUGAUUGGCCGCUGUUACUGGGAGGCUGAGUGGGAUGGACGUGCAGCCUGGAUAGGAGUGACUUAUACAGGAAUCGAGAGGAAAGGAGGUAGUGCUGACUUUCUGCUUGGAUACAAUGACAAGUCAUGGUGUCUGUGCUGUAAUACUGACAGAUACUCUGUCUGUCACAAUAAUAAACAGACUCUCUUACCCAUAGAGCCCUCAGGCUCCCACAGAGUAGGAGUGUAUCUGGACUGGGGGGCUGGUGCUCUGUCCUUCUACAGAGUCUCCUCUGAUGGACUGACCCCCCUGCACAGAUUCACCUCCUCAUUCACUGAGUCCCUCUAUCCAGGGUUUUAUGUUUAUAUAAACUCCUCAGUGUCACUGUGACGUGUUGCUGGUUCUCCUGGCAAAAGGGUAAAAUCUCUGCUUUUUAACCUUUUAAUCCUUUUUACUCAGUGAGCUGGAUAACCAUGAAAAAUAUAUUUUUAUAGUUUUUCUCUCUGACUAAAAUGUAAUUAAAUGUAAUUCUGAUGAGUGGGGGGGGGCUUUCGCCCUCCCCUGUAUAUGUACAUUUUAUAUAUUUAUGUCUAUUUACUGUUUUCCCUCCCUGUACAAUGACAAUAAAGGCUUUCUGUUCUGUC